CCGGGCCUGGCGGGCGCCCGCCGGGGGCUGCGGCCGAGGAGCCGAGCGCGCCCCGCAUCGGAGCGGCCCGAGCACGCGCGAGGAGGGGACCGAGACGGACGACAGCGAGGCCCCGAGGAGCCCGGAGAUGUCGCGUGUGCUCCGCAUCCUGCUCGGAUAUCUAUUCCCAGCCCUCCUGUUGCACGGGCUGGGAGAGGGUUCAGCCCUCCUUCAUCCAGACAGCAGAUCACAUCCUCGGUCCUUAGAGAAAAGUGCCUGGAGGGCCUUUAAGGAGUCACAGUGCCAUCAUAUGCUCAAGCAUCUCCACAAUGGUGCUCGGAUCACUGUGCAGAUGCCCCCAACCAUCGAAGGCCACUGGGUGUCCACAGGCUGUGAAGUGAGGUCGGGGCCAGAGUUCAUCACAAGAUCUUACAGAUUCUACAACAAUAAUACCUUCAAGGCCUACCAGUUUUACUAUGGCAGCAACCGCUGCACAAAUCCCACCUAUACGCUUAUCAUCCGAGGCAAGAUCCGUCUGCGCCAGGCAUCCUGGAUCAUCCGUGGGGGCACUGAGGCUGACUACCAGCUCCAUGGCGUCCAAGUCAUCUGCCAUACAGAGGCAGUUGCUGAACAACUCAGCCGACUAGUGAACCGAACUUGCCCAGGCUUCCUGGCUCCUGGUGGUCUCUGGGUACAGGACGUAGCCUAUGACCUGUGGCAAGAAGAGAGCAGCCACGAAUGCACGAAGGCUGUGAACUUUGCCAUGCAUGAGCUGCAGCUCAUCCGUGUGGAGAAGCAGUAUCCCCACCACAGCCUGGACCACCUGGUAGAGGAGCUCUUCCUGGGCGACAUCCACACUGAUGCUACCCAGAGGGUGUUCUACCGGCCAUCCAGCUAUCAGCCUCCCCUGCAGAAUGCCAAGAACCACAACCAUGCCUGCAUAGCCUGUCGGAUCAUUUACCGCUCUGACGAACACCACCCUCCCAUCCUGCCCCCUAAGGCUGACCUGACCAUUGGCCUGCAUGGGGAAUGGGUGAGCCAGCGCUGUGAGGUGCGCCCCGAAGUCCUCUUCCUCACCCGCCACUUCAUCUUCCAUGACAACAACAACACCUGGGAAGGACAUUACUACCACUACUCAGACCCUGUCUGCAAACACCCCACAUUCACCAUCUAUGCUCGAGGCCGCUACAGCCGCGGUGUGCUCUCCUCAAGGGUCAUGGGUGGCACAGAGUUUGUGUUCAAAGUGAAUCACAUGAAGGUCACUCCCAUGGAUGCAGCCACAGCCUCCCUCCUCAAUGUCUUUAGUGGAAAUGAGUGUGGGGCUGAGGGCUCCUGGCAAGUGGGUAUCCAACAGGACGUGACACACACCAAUGGCUGUGUGGCUCUGGGCAUCAAACUACCUCACACAGAAUAUGAGAUCUUCAAAAUGGAGCAAGAUGCCCGUGGCCGCUACCUGCUGUUCAAUGGCCAGAGGCCCAGUGAUGGCUCCAGCCCAGACAGGCCCGAGAAGAGGGCAACAUCCUACCAGAUGCCCUUGGUCCAGUGUGCCUCGUCCUCACCGAGAGCUGAAGACUUGGAAGACAGUCGAGCCCAUCUGUUUGGCAGGGCAGCGGGGAGGACAGCUGGGCCCCUGCUGCUUACUGCCUUUGCCUGCCUUUGGACUCUACCACAUUGGAGCAUCCUCCGAUAGGAGAUAUUUUCUAAACCUAGACUCUUUACCGUUUAUGACUGUUCUUCACACAGAGAAAGGACGUUGAUUCUUUUGAUGCACUUGAAUGCCUGAGAUCUGCCAUUGCCUUACCCCUGUUCCCUCUUCCAGCCUCUGAGUCAUGGGCAGUGGGUUUGAAGUUUCAGCUCUGAAUUUCUUCCCUCCUGAUCCCUGGCCUGAGAGCUUCAUAGCAGUGAUUGCACUUUAAGUCUGCAGAGAGUUGGAGCUAGUGUGUUUAGGAGUGGCAGCAAGGGUGGUUGCUAGCCUCUUACCUCUGUCCCCCCACUUCUGUAUGUAGCUGAGUUUUAAAGAGAAAAAUGUCAGGCUGCAGCUUUCUCUGCCAUGGCUUCUCUUAUUUCUCCGAACCCCUUCCAUACUCCAAGUUUUCUGCACUGGAAUCCAGUGAAGAGUUGGCUUGGGACUGCUGUCAAGACCCUGUGUAUUAAUACAGAAAAGAUAUGGGUAUUGGUAUGUACAUAAGACAAGAUGCAAGGUUCAGCUCAAUCAUUGUUCCAGCCUUAAUGCCAAUCAACACUUCCGGGUAAGUUGAGUAGAGAGGUGUCUGCAAAGCUUCAAAGUGAUUUAAAUUGUGUUUACUAGCACCAGUUUUCACUUGUUGAGCAAAGAGGUGUGCCAUAUGCUUGGUUUGGUGACUCGGAUUACAGCCUGCUGCUUAACCCUCGGAGUAGACUGGUCCAGUUGGGAAAAUCAGAAAAGCCUCCUGUUCCAGGCAGUCAGGGGAGCAGUGCAGAGGGCAGCUAUGAUGUGGUCAGUGCCACAGGAGAGAUAAGCAAAUCUGUGGUAGUUUUCUCCAGGUGAGGCACCUGUGUCCUGGCUCACACUGUGGUUGGGAUGGGGAGAAGAACCCCACCACCCCGCUGCCAUCUUCAUACACACGGAGACAGAGCUUUCCAGUGCUCCAGUGGCUUACGGAUGAAAGAGGACUGGGUGGCACUCAUCCACACCGGGGACCCACUCUGCUAGAUGCUAUCUCUGUACAACAUGGAGUCUUUAUGAGCGGUCACUCUUGUUGUUAGAUAUCCUGGCUUGAUUUGGUGUCCUCUCUGCAUUUACUCGGUUCUGCCAUGGCUGUGAGUUCCAAAGCCAUCUUAUUCAGCGGUGGCUGCUUCACAGUCUUCAGGAAGGAGGAGGGGGUGGCUGCCCAUCCCUUCGUGUUAUUGCCUCUGGUGCUAUUACCACCAAGUGCUAUGGCUCGCGGAGACCCACGCGGGCAAGGGGUGAGAAACAGAAAGCCUAGAUGUGACUGAAAGCAGGACAUGGAGACCACCACGAUCCAGGAGAAGAGUCGGUCAUGUGUUUUUAAGAAUUCACUUUAUGAAGCUGUUGCAUUCAGUGUGGUGUUAAGUUAUAAGGAUGGCAUGGAGUACCAGAGUGCUUUAUAUUUAGAUUAUAUUUUCAGUCAUGGUGCAUACUUGAGGGGUUUUAUCCAAAAUGAAAAUACUAACUUAAUGUCUACUAAGUUUAAUAAACAAAGAAUUUGGAAGUAA